AUGAUUUUUUUCUUUAAUAUUUUAUUACUAACAAUAAACUUUAUAUACAUUAUAGGAAUUUUAAUUUUACACGUGAAUGAUGUCCAUUCAAUUGGUAUAAAAAGUGUUUGUAAACAAAAUUAUAAAAUAUCAGACUUCAUAUAUAUUAGCAAAAGGUUUCAAAAUAAAAAUAAAUUACCAUUCCAUCAAAAUGCCAUAAAUUGUAGUUUUUCAAAAAAAAGAAAUAGUUUUUAUUAUCAUAUUAAAAAUAGAAAUUAUAAUAGUAGAACUCUAUUUUUGGAAACAUUUAAUAAAAGGAAUUAUUUUAUAAAACCAUUAUUUAUAAAAUUUGGAGAAAACAAAAUACAGUUAAAAAAAAAAGGUACUCAUAUAUUGUUUAUAAAAAAUAGCGAUGAUACAGAUUUACAAAAAAAUAGUGAUAAUCAUGAAAUUGACUUUAAAGAAGACGAAAAUUUUGAAUACAAAGAAAAUGAAAGCCAUUAUUUAAAGGAAUUAAAUAGUAAUCAGACUAGCAAAGAUAUAAAUAAUAAUAAUGAUUGUUUAGAUAAGAGUAAAGAAUAUGAUUUGGUCAAUGAAUACAUAUUAUUAAAAAAAAAUAGUAAAAGUAUUAGAGAGUUAAUAGAUGAGGAAAAGUGGCUAUGCCCAAAAGAAAAUUUAAAUAUUAUAAGAAAAAGAACUAAUAAAAUAAUUAAUUGGAAUUAUAUACUUAAAAAAAAUAAUGAAUUACUGAAUGAUAAUGUUGAUAAAAUAUAUAAUGGGAUAUAUAAAAAGGAUAACAUAGAUGACAUAUUAUUUGUUUUUGAUACUUAUCCAUAUAAUUAUUUAAAUAUUACAAUGAGUGUUUUUUCUCUCUAUAAGUUUGCUAGUAGCUAUUUGUAUGAAAAAAAAUUAAAAAGUAGUAUGAUAUAUGAAAAAAAAAAUGAUUUUUUUAAAAAUAUAAAAAAUGAAAAUCUAUCAAAUGAUAAUUUCCUUUCUCUGGGAAAUGAAGAUGCAGAUGAUGAUGAUGAUAGCUUAUUAAAAGUAAAAGAGGAAAGAAAAAGAUUAAAUUAUAUUAUAAAAAAUAGAAAUUUUCAAAGAGUUGUAGGUUCUAUUAAUAAACAUUUGAAAAUAAUUUAUAAAAUAUUUACAGGCAAUGAGAAAUUAACAUCCUAUGAUAAAAGCAAAAAGAUUUAUGAAUUUAUUCCAUACAUUAAUAUUAAAGAUAUUAUUACAAUUUUAAAAUCUUUUUAUAUCUUAAAAUAUGACCAUACUAAUAUAUUUAAAUAUAUAUAUUUUUAUAUUGUUUACUUUAUUGAUAAGUUUGAUAUAUACAAUUUAUGUGAAGCAGUUUAUUUAUGUCUUAUAAAAAAAAUAUAUAUUAAAUCUCUAUUUUUAAAUUUUUCUAAAUAUCUUUUGAAAUAUUUUCAAAAAAAUAAUGAAACUUUUAUACAUGAAGAAAAUAACAUUAAACAAAAUUAUCAAAAGGAUAUUCCUGUUACAAAUGAAUGUGAUAACAAAGAAAAAAAUAUGGAUAAUAAUAUGGGAGAAGAACACAUUUAUAAUUACUCUAAUGAAGAGAAUAAAAGUAAUAAUAAUGAUAAGAUUAAUAUGAAUAAUAACAAUAAUGAGUAUAACAACAAUAGUAAUAACGAAGGAAAAGUUAAUACUCAAAGUGAAUACAAUAGUGAAUUAUUUAAAAAUAAUGGAAUAGAUUUCCACUGUAAGAGUAAUAAUGAUACAGUUAAAAGAAGGAAUAAAGACAAUUUAACAAUUGAUAAAGGAGUCCCUAACAAAAUUAAAAUAAAUGAAAGUGUAAUUUCCCUAUAUGAAGAAAUAAAUAUAAACGAUAUUUAUAAUAAUAUGGAAAAAAUUUUAAAAAAAAAAAAUAAUGAAUCUAAUAAUAAUUUAUUACCCUAUCAUUUAAAAAAUUUUGAUUAUUCUAUUUAUCACACAGCGAAUUAUUCUAAUUUAAAUAAUUCUUUAGAUGAUUUAAAACAAAUUAAUAAAAAUGAAGAAAUGCAAAAAUUUUCUGCAGAAGACAAGACAAAAGAUAAAAUAGACUUCAUUGAAAAUAAGAUAAUUAAAGAAAAUUUGCAUAACAAAAAAGAUGAAUAUAGUAGAAUUAAUUUCUAUGUAUACGUUUUAUAUAUUUUGUCAAAGUUUCCAUAUACAAAUUUAAAAAUUUUAAAUAUAAUUGUUUCAGAAAUUAUGAAAAAUAUAAAUGAUUUAUCUUUAGAAGAAUUGAUUUUAUCCUUUUAUAGUAUUGCUGAAUUAGAAUAUGAUUCUUUUAAACUACAAAAUAAUUUAUAUAUAUUAAUUUUUAAGAAUCUUCAUUUAUUAAAUUAUAGUAAUAAAAGCUUGAUAUUAAAGUUAAUAAAAUCUUUAUAUUUAACAAAUAACUUAUGUCCUAUUAUGAAUGAAAAUACCAUCAAUAAGGAAUUAGAUAAUGAACAAAAAAUUGAAAGAAAUAUGAAUAUGCAAGAAAAUGAAAAUUUUCUAAGAUAUUCCAAAAAUAGCAAUAUUGAAAAUAUAAAGAUUUUAAUGAUCUAUUUUAUUUCUAAAAUGAUAUUAAAAAAUAUAAAUAAUUAUACUCCUAUAGAGUUAGUAGAUAUAAUUAGAUAUAUGUCAGCUUUAAAUUUUGUAAAUAAAGAGCUAUUUAAUUUUGUUUACAAUUUACCAUUUUUUAAAAAUUUAAAUGAAGAUGUAUUAAAUAUAUAUAGAAAUAAUAUAUAUUUUAACAAUUCUUAUUAUGCUUAUACAAAGGAUAAUACUAUUAAUACUCCAAUUGAGAUUAUGCUAUGUAAAUUAUAUCAGUCAUAUCUAUCUUAUAAUAUGUAUAUUAAUAAUUCUUUGGAAGAUAAUUUAGAUGUAGAAAUAAUGAAAAAAAUUUAUAAAAAAAAUAAUGAGCACAAAUCCUUUCGUUUUGACAUAAAAAUUGUACAGUUAUUAAAAGAUAUUUAUUUAAAUAAUAUGAAAAUAUCUUCAUAUAAUUCUUCUUCUUUACAUUAUGAGAUAGCUGACAUUAUACAAAAAGAUUUUAAUAUUCCUUGUCAUGUUGAAUAUAAAACGUCUAAUGGAAUUUUAAUAGAUAUUGCUAUAUUAUAUGAAGAUUUUAAAAAAAUUAACAAAAAUUUUCCUUUUUUCAAAAAUAUAGCUAUAGAAAUAAAUGGCCCCUUUCAUUAUAAAACAAAAUCAUUAAACAAUAAUUUGCCAUUACUUAAUACCAAAACAAUAUUCAAAAAAAGAUUAUUAGAAAAUGAUAAUUGGCAAGUAAUUUCAUUUCCAUUUUGGGAAAUUAAACCAUGGUUUAGUAAAAUAAGAAAGGAAAACUAUAUUUUAAAGAUGCUACCUGAUAAACUGAAAAGUUUUUUUAAUAAUUAA